CAAGAUGCAUAUGUUACUAAUGAGAGACAAAGCCAACGAGAGCAAUGGCGGGAUCAACAACGUAUGAGGCGGAAUUCAAUGAGUUCAAGGCAAAAGCACGAUUACUUAGCACAACGACGAUCCAAUUAUCGUGAUCAACAAAUUCAAUGCUCAAACAUAAUGUUAUUUGGUGGCAAUACCGAUCAAGUUCAACACCCUAACAUAGUGCAAUUCAAUGAAGGCAGUAGCAAUCAUGUUGAACGACUCAACAUAGUGCCGUUUGGAGAAGGCAGCAACAAUCAAGUUCCAAGAACAAUGCGCUUAACUCAUAUAAGGCAAAUUGCUCGAUCGAAUAGGGCACGCUUGCCUCAGGAUGGACUUAUUCAAAGUUUAACUAAUAAUGAAAACACAACAAGGCAAUCAUUCCGUUCGAAUACUCCAAUGAAUCAUUCUUAUCCACCCAUCAUCAAUGAAGAUGAUUUUAAUCUCAUUAAUGAAAAUGAGAUCCAGCCUAACGAGGACGUACCACCUCGACAGCAUACGAUGGGAACAAGGCCAAUUCAUAAUUGUGCUAGAAACUUCAAUGAAAAACAUGGGAAUCCCAAGAUUUCACAUGCCAAAUCCAACCACAUGUCCAGAUUGUCAUGCCCGUUUGUUCUCUCAUGA